GGAAGCCAAUUCGCCAAUGUCAUGAUGCGUGCUGGCGUGACGGCCUUACAAUAAGCAGGCCGAGUCGGCACGCCGAUCGACUUAACCCGUUUCUGUAGCUGCAUCCGUAACCGACCGGGGUCAGUAUAACUUCUGAGUGGCUAAAACUGCCUAAGCAAGGAUCCCAUUCACCCGUGCCAUGGUAAGGCUAACGUCCUGCAUUGUGCACAAUCUCCCCACAACUAGGAAUAUCGGGUUUUUUGCACCUCGUUAGAGCUUAACAGUGGAAUUAAGCAUGCAGCAAGACGUACCAGGCGAGAAAAACGAGCAAGGCAGACCGAACAUGUCGCGCGGGCGAAUGUGUCACGUAAAAUACGGAGUGGUCCUGCCGGAGCCAGGCCCCUCGCCAACGCGGGCUCACCUUAUAUCCCACCCGUGUGCUCGUACGAAGGUGGACGCUCAUCCCGCACGCUCCAUCGUGCCUGGCGCUUCUUCGCACACACAUUCAUUAAAUCCACCAUGCAGUCGCGCACCCUGCUCUCACUCCUUUGGGGGUUCCUGCUGCUCGCCCUUGUGGCAGCGCAAACUGCUUCGUCUACUGUUGAGACGACACCGCCGACUGAUACGACGGCCGUGACUUCAGAGCCAGACGCGAGCGCAACCAUGACCGCGACGACCACGGGCACAGAUUCGAGUGCGUCAUCGCCUACGACCACUACCGCUACUGGCGAUUCUGGAAGCGGAACCAGUUCGAGCGCAUCUUCUUCUUCCAGCAACUACCCUGAUGUGUUGCUGCAAGUCCCAGAGCUGUCGGUCGACAGGAUAGAGCUUGACGUCGACGACCUCCAGGCUGAAAUAAAUUUGGCUGCCCAGGUCGCAGGCCUGGUGGAGAUCAACGCUGGAAUUCAGGUCGGUAUUACGAAGGUCAAUAUCACCAUUGCAGAUGUGGAUGCGGAGCUCGAGUUGAUCAUUCGUCUCGGCAACCUGGUGGACAUUGUCAACAGAACAUUGGCGACGCUUGACCUCAACCCUCUGCUGAUCAACGUCUUGAACGAAGUGACGGACGUGGUAGAUGCCGUCGUGGGGGCAGUCGAUGGGCUGCUGGGAUCCAUCGUCAAUGGUGAUUCCAAGAUCAACUUCAUCAUCGACAACUUGGGCAACAUCGUGCAGGAGGUGACCAGCGACGCUGGAAAUAUCUUGAGUUCUAUCAUCGGCAAUUACGAGCAGAACAUGACGUACACGGGCAGCCAGAAAAUAUUGGACGGCGGGUUGAUCCAGAGAACGUACGAGUACUCGCCCUUGGGUUCGCUCGUCAAUAUCGUCUUUAAUUCGGUCGGUCAGGUGGUCCAAGCAGUGGUAGUGAAGAGCAGUGGUGGAGGAAGCAGCACGUCGUCCACGGUCGUUGCCAGCUCAACCGCGGCAGCGUCGUCAACCUCAACAGCAUCAUCGGCAUCAUCGACGGGCUAG